CGUUCGGAUCGGAUUGGUUGGUGCAGCACGGUUAUUAGCUCCCCAGCAUCACGAACUCGCUGUUGCUCGAACGGAAGGUGAUCUCGCGUCGUGGUCCAUGUUUUUGGGGGCCAUCCGCUUCGUUUUACAUUUCACCCGCAUCCCGUAUACGAAUUUCCGCCCGCCAAUCGGUACCACCUAGUAGGCUUAGUGACUCGGUGGCCUACUUGGGUUGGAUGGUGAAAUGUGUGGCGCAGCCGUCUGCGUUUUCUAAUAUUCGGUAGCGUCGUCGUCGUCGGUGCUGCCAGACGAUAGUUUUUCAUCGCGUGGCGCCCAAUUCACGCGUUUUCUGUGAAGUUGAGUUUGUGGCUUUCCACUUUGUGAUUGUGUUUGCGAAGACUUCGGCCAGCUUUACAAAAGUUUCCAGCUUUCGGGUUAUCCGGGUUAGACCCCUUCUCUCCGAACCGGACCCGCAAUUUGCAUACCCUCACGAUCGACCGAUCGAACGGAUUCCGUUCUCUCAUCGAUCCAGUUCCGACAGAAGCCUUAGAAACUCACCUGAGUUUAGUCUACCACACAGGUGCGUGUGAGUGAUCGCACGCGCGCGUUAAGCCAUUGCGGUUUUUGAGGUUAUUGCACAUGGGCGCGUCAAACGCGUUAACCAUUCGCGAUUCAAUUUGAUCUCGAUUUUUUGCUUCUGCUGAAUCAAAGUAACCUGUGGGUAAUAGAUAUUGCCGAGCUACUGCUGACGUUAGUGUUCGACGAUUGAAACUUGAUUGUCAUCGGUUGCUGCGACGAAGAGAAACGGCGACGGUUGGUGCUGUAAUCGGUCAAAGUAGGCUGAUGACCUCCGAUCUGAGUGGAUUAUUUUUUUCAGUGUUUGAGAGCACGCGGGUUUUGCGUUGAAGAGCGCGCGGUGCAUUGCGUACGCUCACGCAAAAAUCUAGUGCGGAAGAAAACGUGAUUGAGUGUUCGAUGCAGAGGCAAGGUCAAUGAAAUAGUGCGAGGUGUGUCGUGUGUAUCCAUUUGCUGAGUUCGGAAUUCCCAAUUACGACCGAAGGAAGAAAAAAGUGGUUUGCGUUUAAUCGAAUCCAGCUGUUUUGUGUUUGGCGGUGUGAUGAUGCAAAUGGGAUAAUUUAUUCAGUUGCCCAUUCUGUUGGAAUCGCUAGAGCGGGAGAGAGUGAGAAAGAAAUGGGAAGAAGAGCCGUUCACUGAUCGGGUGUUGGAUUAAUUGGUAUGUGAAGAAUGUGAAACGGCACAAGGUGUUUCGUGUGUAAGGUGGGUUUACGACGACGAUCAAUGAAUUUGUUAUUUCCGACGCAUUUGAAAUUGUAAUUUCAAGGAAACGAUACCUCUACCCUCUUUGCUGGUUACUGUUUACCUGAAGAUUUGUCCGUGUGCGCACAACCUCAACACCCAAAACGAAACGGUAGAUAACGACCGGCUGUGGACCGGGAAACCGAACUGAUCCGAUUGCAGCCCGCGCCAACAGCUAAUCCGAUUUGGCAGGUCACUGUCGCAUCCCAGGAUCUGGGAAAUUCCCUCGACGCACUUUGCGGGUUUGCGUCUUGUCUCUUCGAGUUGCUUGGAUUAAUCCGGUAAUGACCUCAUCAUGUGAUUAAUUGCGGUGAGAAAGAGAGAGAGAGAGGGAAACAGAGGUCGGUUCGGGAUGUCCUCUGAGUGUCCGAACUGUUCAACAACGGUGGCCGGAUUGGUGGGCAUGUUCGAAUCGCAGUCGACAACUGACGUCAAAGCCACUGCUGUCGCCACUUCUGCUACUGGCCAUAUUUGUUCAACGCUGGGUAACGCGAGUGGAGAGCCCACUGGGAGAGAAUAUCGCCGAGUCUUUAGCGAUAAGGUUUUCGGGGAGUACGAAGAGGGCGAGGCAAUGACUGGGACGAGAGCAGGUAGUAGGCUGCGCCAGAGAAAGACGGCCGUCUACAAGGGCUACUGGGAUGAUGCGAAAGAUGGCGAAGGGGAACGACACUCUGGAUCGGGGUCUGGUUCGUUUUCUUCCGGGGUAGAAAGCGACGAGGACAUGGUCAGGUUUCCAUGCGUCGAACGGCUUAUAGAAAUGUAUGCAAACAUCAUCAAGCAAAAGGAGGCCGAAACGCAGAGCUUCCUGAAUAGUAUGACCGGCGAGAAGGGCGGAGGGAGAAGCCGACGGGAUGACAGUGAUAAAAGACGAUUAGAUAAGAAGCCAGUUGAAGCCGGUGGUGAUAAGACAGGUGCAAACGGUACCGUUGAAGAACAGUCGAGUUCGGCUAGCAGUACGAUACUGGUAGAGCAGCUGGAUGCCAGCAGCUCCGUGCGGAUUCGUGAAAAUAGAAGUCCUCUAUCGGAUGACGGUUGGAGCACCACUCAACAAAGCCCUUAUUGUUCAAGUGACGAAGAAAGCGGCAGUGCCAAGGUUCAACGAAAGAUGAAGAACAGAGAGAAGGUCACCCGAUCGUCAAGCUCAGACUCUGCUCUCGGGCUAGACGAAGACAUCGGCCAACAAGAGCAACAACAGAUCAUUUCCGGCGUGGGCAAGACUCGUCGUCUAACUCUCGGAGUAUUGGACAUACCACUGCGUUCAGCACUCCUCCCUGUAGCAGAACCGGCACUCCUCCCAAGCUCGGACACCGCAACCAUCAAUGCAGCCGUCGAUCAGUGCCCGAUGGUCGUCCGCAGCAAGAUGAUCCUCGAAGCACAGCUCAUAGAACUCCCACUAGGAACGAACUCUCCCCUCGCAGACUCCGGCUCUACGGAAGCCCUGGGCAGUCCUAGCAACUCGAUCUCCCGCCGUGAAUCCGCCCAAAGCUACGUCAGCGAUUCCGGAGUUGACGGCGUACGAUACGUCCGGACACCCUCCGUAGUCGUAUCGGACUACUCGGAUGACACAAUGUGCGGAAUCACCCUGGAAGAGAUAGAAUACCUCCGACGUCAUCGACUUCGCCGGGCAUCCACCGAUGGCGACGACUCGGACCUCAGCGCGGCAUCAUCCUGUAGCAAUCUGAACUACUGCGGAUCGUCCAUCAGUGCCCUCGAGGGAUGCGACUAUCAGUGUGGCCUGCGAACGCCCGAACGGAAGGUUUCCGACUGUUCGACCUGCUCGACGCUAAGCUGCGAAGAGGAAACGGACACGGGUUUGAGGCAACGGCUGCAGGAUCUCGGUCUGCGGCCACCGGUCAGUGAUCUCAGCGAGAAGGUGUUCCCGGAGCUGGACGCCAAGAAGCGGACCAAAAAGAAGCCCUCGGGAUGGCGAAAGCUACGCAACAUCGUCCAGUGGACGCCGUUCUUCCAGACGUACAAAAAGCAGCGGUACCCGUGGGUUCAGCUAGCGGGCCACCAGGGCAACUUCAAGGCCGGGCCGGACCAGGGCACGGUGCUGAAGAAACUGUGCCCCAAGGAGGAGAAAUGCUUUAAGGUCCUGAUGAAAGACGUACUUCGACCGUACGUUCCUGAGUACAAGGGCCACGUGAACAGCGACGAUGGUGAAUCCACCUACAUCCAGCUGCAAGAUCUGCUCACAGACUUCUACCAGCCGUGCGUAAUGGACUGCAAGAUUGGCGUACGAACUUAUCUGGAGGAGGAGCUUUCCAAAGCCAAAGAGAAGCCGAAAUUGCGAAAGGACAUGUACGAAAAGAUGAUCCAAAUCGACCCGAACGCACCGACUGAGGAGGAACACCGCGCCAAGGGUGUCACCAAGCCACGCUACAUGGUGUGGCGGGAAACGAUCUCCAGCACAUCGACGCUCGGCUUCCGGAUAGAGGGCAUUAAAAAGAGCGACGGCACCAGUUCCAAGGAUUUCAAAACGACCAAAUCCAGGGAGCAGAUCAUAGAGGCUUUCCGCGAGUUCACCGAAGGAUUCCCGCAUGCUUUGCCCAAAUACAUCCAACGGUUGAAGGCGAUCCGCGCAACGCUCAGCUAUUCGGACUUCUUCAAGCGUCACGAAGUGAUCGGAUCAUCCCUGCUGUUCGUCCAUGACCGCCACAACGCGAGCGUAUGGCUAAUCGACUUUGCCAAAACGGUGACCCUGCCGGACAAGGUGGACAUCACCCACGAGAACAAGUGGAAAGUUGGCAACCACGAGGACGGCUACCUGAUCGGGAUCAACAAUCUGAUCGACAUAUUCCAGGAGGUGCACGAUGCACACCAGGCGGCCCUUUCUGAGCGGAUACCGAGGCUAUCGCUGCCCGAUUUGGACGAGUUCAGCAAUAACAACAACAAAGCUAGCAGCAACAACAAUAACCACACGAGUUCUACGGUGACGACAUCUAGUGAGCUGCAGCAGCCAUCUUCGGUGGAAGCGCAGCCAUCUUUGAUCGACGGUUUGGGUUCGCUGGAGCUGAGUUCGGUGGCAACGGAUCCAGAUGGCAGCAGCACAAGCACUGCUGCCAACUGCCUCAACAACAACAACUGCGACUGCAAAAGUGACGAUUUGUCGUCACCACCAACGACCUCGACGCAAUCGACGCCGGACGGUCCGGAUUCGAACAGUUAAUCACCUAACAGGACGGUAACUGUUGCCUACCGUCUCUCACGAGAUUGAUGUUAGAUAAUGCAUUUGCAGUAGAAAACGACAAAAGGUAGAGAAAGAGCAUUUUUUACUAUAAAUUAGUGCAACACACAAGAAUUAAAAAGAGCAGUGCAAAGCUCGGCAACAAGAGUCUGAUCUAGGACUGAAACUAACAAGCUGUCGAUUUUUAGGGAUGGAGAUUGCAAAGUUUUUGUUUUGCAGCCGAAUCGGGGAGGGACCGAAAAUCGAACACUUCUAAGCUUCAAAGUCUACUAGUAUUGUUUUUCUCAAGAUGUGUUAUUUUUUUGUACAGAACUCAAUCGUUAUUAUCUUAUAUAUUUCGUAAAAAUUUACGCGAGUUAUUUAUAUACGCCUUCAUAUACAAAUAUUAAGAAGUUGUAUUACUGCUAUACAAUAGUCAAUAGCGUUGAUUGUAGUGAACGUGAGUUCACCUUAUGAAACAGUCUAAAACAAGCAGUAGAGAUACGAUGAACAAAGAUGGUAUAACAUUUGGCUAUUUCAGACAAUCAUAUGAAGACCCACGAUGAAAGCAAAGUUUGAGAGUACAGUCGGGAAAAUCAUUGAGUAGAUUUUAAGGCAGAUGAGAACACACUAUAUCGCUAGAUGAUAAGCAAAGUAGCAUGAAUUUUAAAAUGAAUAAAUUAUUUGCAGCCCAGUGCAGUGCUGAAA